UGGAAUCUUCAAACAUCCCACGAAAGGAAUCAAGCUUGUCCACACUUGCACAAGCUCGUGUUUCUUCCGUUUUUGCCCCCCUCUUCUUCCUGCAUUUGGGGUGGCUUGGGUUGCUGACAUAGCCAUGCCCUUCUUGUCGUCACUCGCUUCCAAGACAAAAAGCAAAUGUGGACUGGUACUACCUGCAAUGGUGAAGCCAUCAAGCGGAGACCAGCCACCCUCCGAUGAUGAUGUAGAGCCACAGUCGCAAGUCAGCACGAGUCUUGCGUCAGCAUCUCAUCCCUCGUUGGCAUCGCUGGAAACGUCCAGGUUUUGCAUGGCAGAUUUGGGGCAGGGAGUUUGGUGGCUCUGUAUCCCCAGUGAGGGAGCGGAUCCUUCGGCGGUUUUGUCGGACUUGCCUGAUGUCUGUAGCGUGCAGGAUGCGAAAGAAGCCCUCAAGCACUGUGCAGAAAAAGGGAGUGGAGAGAGCCGCAAUGCGUCUCUUUGCGCCAUGUAUCCAGAGGAAAUGGAGAGCCUCGGGAAGUUGAAGUGGGAUGGAGAUGGCCAUUAUGUUUUGGACCCUUUCCCAGGGGACCACCCGCCCACCUUGGGCCAGAUCGUCUCCUGCUUGAAGUUGUUGGAUGCUGCAGUGUCUCAGUCAAAAACCGUUCUGCUGUUGAGCUCACAAAAGAGGCGGGCGGUCUCAGCGACCUUGGCGGGCGCUGUGCUGGUGCUUGCACGGGGCUUCUCCCCACAGGAAGCCUGGCAGCACAUUCUUCCAGUCUAUGGAACGCCACAUCCUGACCCAAAGGUGGCAUGGGAUCGCUUCCCACCACCCUUCUCUCACUCAGGGGAGACCGGACCGAGCUCGUUGAUGGUGAUCGAUUGCCUGCAAGGUCUGGCAGUUGCAAGGCAGAAGAACUGGUUGGAGGACUACCGGUAUUUCGAUGUGGGUGCCUGGAAAUUCAUGCGGGAAAAGUUUGAUGCCUCGUGGCUCAUCCCAGGCGAGAUCCUGGCCAUGGCCAACCCGUGGGGCACCUCUCAGAACCCACGCUUUCCGGGACUCCUCCAGCGAGGACCCAUGUUAGGGUCCCAACGCUCAACGCAGUCUGUGUCUCUCGGCAUUGGUAUGGUGAAGACGCCGUCUGGGCUCUCAUCACAAGGGAACAUGGUGCAUUCUCACACCUUCCCGGAACUUUGCUCACAGGAUGCUGGAGACAGCUUUUGCCUCGAAGAGUAUGCUGAUCAUGAUGCAGGUGUGGACUCAGAGGUCUGCGAUCCCCGUUUUGCAGCCAUUGCGGCAGAGCAUGCAGGAUCUUGGAAGCUGCCAUUUUCCAGGUCUGAAGAGUAUGCUCGCCUCAGGGAGGAUACCUUUGUGUCGUUGCUGCUGAGAAAUCACUGCCAUGAAGUUGCAAGGCUGAACUAUGACUUUGAGUGUCCUGAACAAAAGGGAUAUGAGAAGGCCUUCGGCGAAAAUUCGAUUCGAUUGAAGAAGAUACCCUUUGUCGAUGGGAAUAUCCCCAACAAGGAAGUUGUCAAGGAGUUCCUCAAGUCGAGUGGAAAUGCCAUCAAGCAGAAUAAAACCAUCGCCCUUCAUUGCCAGGGAGGGAUGGGCAGGACUGGCGUGAUGGCAGGCGCUCAUGCAGCAGUUCAUCAUCAAGUCGAUGGGACUGCAUUCCACGGCUGGACUCGCAUUUGCCGGCCUGGAACGGUUCAAACCGUUAUCCAAGAGGAAUUCUUGAGAAAGAUGCAGCCGAACAUCUCUCGAGCAUCCAGCGGCAAAAGUCUGAUGGAGAGGAUGCGAAUGAGGUUCUCCAGCGUUUAGGCGUGUGGAGCUGUGGAGCAGGUCCACUGCAAUGAAAGAGGCGGAUCUUCUUUUAGUUCCUCUUCUUGUUCCAAAGAAGGGCCAGAUAGCUUCAGGAGUUAGGAACUGAGUUUGGAGAAUUGCUUUGGUGACUUGGACCCUCUUGGGUCCGGUGAGAGUUUCAAGUCAGUCGCAUCCCAAACGCCGGGAGAUCAUCUCAGGAGAUCAUGCAGUUCAGAUGGAAGAAAACAGAUCUUGACAUUCUAGAAGAGUUUUUGGUCAUGUACUUUUUAUUUCCACAAGGUACCUGUCUCUUCUCCGCAUCUGCUUAUAUAAUUACUGAUUCCAAUCCUUUCAUAACAGUUCUGGAUGCAAGUCAAAAGAUUGCAGAUGGACAGCCAAG